AUGCCCGUCUUUAUCCCUCUGAAGGUCUCUCCUCAACGUCCAGCCAAAUCUUCGGCUCUGGACCAGAGCACUGCAACUACCACACGCCGCGUCACCCCGCCUCAAAGCGGGGCCGGCACCAGCCCCACCGCUCCGGUCAACGCCGAGCCCAACCCCCAGCCCGACGUCCAGCACGAACAGACGUCACAGUGCACCUGCACAUGUCUCACGUGCAGCGAGCAAAGGCACAAAUGCACCCACCUCGGACAGAAAUGCUGGCGCGGCAACGGGCCUCGAGUCGGUCUUUUGCAUUGUGAGCUACGCGGAUUGUGCCAUCUAACCACAGACGCAUCGGUUGUUGCUCUCAUCGGCUUCCUCUGUGCUGCGCUCGCGGCGGGACUCAAGCUCCCGGAAGGCAAGGCAGCGACCACCGUUCCCCCGUUCUUCACCUUCCUGGCCGGCCUCGCCUUCACUCAAGACGCCUACCGGUUCCGGGAUUCUUCCGCCACCAAUGUCCGCCUUGAUGCUUCACGAGAACGCGAUCUCCUUUUGCGCUUGCUGAGGUGUGCGGAUGAGGAGAAGGAGAAGUUGCAGUGCGAGAACAACACUCUGCAUAGGAAGGUCGACGCCCUCACUAAGGACGUCGAGAACCUUCAGCAUUCGAACGACCUCCUCGUCGAGCAAACCCUCAACUUUACAAACAAGCUCCUUGAUGCCUAA